UGUCAUUUCUUUACUACCCCCAACCCCCCUCCUUCCAGUAUCGCGAGUGUAUAUUCUGGGUUUAUAUAGUAACCUGUCAUCUUGUAUGUCUUGAGUGAGAUCUGUAUUUCACGGUGUUUGGGGGUUAUCUAGAUGAGUUACUGUAGCACAACAGCCCCAGCAGCGAAAGAGAGAGCGAGAAGCAGAGCCAGCGAGAGCUCUCGUCUGGUGUCUGAGCGGAGGCUUUUCAGCGCUGUCUUACUGAACUCCGGCGAGCUCCCUCUUUCGGCUCGGUGUGUUUCCCUGGCACGGAAAGGCGGUUACUCGGGCUUUCGGUGAGGAGGAGGAGGAGGAGGAAGAGGAGAAGGAGAGAGAGGGAAGAAAGAAAAGAAGGAAGGAAGGAAGGAAGGAGAGAGUGAGUGAGAGGCCGCCCUUUGUCUACUGCAUCUCGGUUACACUUGCCUCCACAGCGUCCUGAGCAGUCAGAGAAGAUGUUUCAGCUCCCUGUCAACAAUGUUGGCAGUUUAAGGAAGGCCCGGAAAACCGUGAAAAAAGUUCUGAGUGAUAUCGGCUUGGAAUACUGUAAAGAUCAUCUAGAGGACUUCAAAGAAUUUGAGCCGAAUGAUUUUUAUGUGAAGAAUACCUCAUGGGAGGAUGUCGGAUGCUGGGAUCCUUCUUUAACAAAAUUCCAGGAGUACCGAUCAAAACCAUUCUGCUGCACCGGCUGCCCCUUUUCUUCCAAGUUCUUCUCUGCCUACAAGAGCCAUUUCCGCAACGUCCACAGUGAAAGCUUUGAAAGCCGGAUCUUGCUGAACUGCCCUUACUGCACCUAUAAUGGAAAUAAAAAGACAUUGGAAACGCACAUCAAACUGUUUCACGUUCCGCAAACAAACAACCUGCUUAGAGGUCCUAAUGCAUUGAAAGAUGGAGCUAAACUUGACGGUACCCUUAAAUCUAAGCAGGCUGAUAGUGUAGAACAGGCUGUGUACUAUUGUAAGAAAUGCACAUACCGAGACCCUCUGUACAAUGUCGUCCGAAAGCACAUUUAUAGGGAGCACUUUCAGCAUGUGGCCUCGCCUUAUGUUGUCAAGACAGGUGAAAAAUCCUUGAACGGUGCUGUUUCUCAUGGUGCCAGUGCGCGUGAGGACGGAAACCUACAUUGUAAAAGAUGCUUGUUCAUGCCAAAGUCUUAUGAGGCUUUAGUACAGCAUGUUAUUGAAGACCAUGAACGCAUAGGCUACCAGGUAACUGCCAUGAUAGGGCACACCAAUGUGGUAGUCCCAAGGUCAAAGCCUUUGAUGUUGCUGGCUCCAAAACCCCAAGAUAAGAAUCUUUUAGGUAUGCCUCAGAAAACUGUAAUUCCAGGUAAUGUUAGAUCCCUUUCACAGCAAAUGAUGAGCCGGCUAGCUAUACCAAAACCCGGACUAAAUUCUGCAGGAAUGAUAUCCACUGUUCAUAUAAAGCAGAACGCCUAUGGAAUGAAAACCAUGACACAAGGUUAUUCUCUUGGACAGCAAAUGAGAAUCCCAAUGCCGGGCAAUGCACAGGUGUCUAUUCCACAGCAGUCUCAUACUGUAAAGCAGCAGCUUCCAGGGGGAAACGUUCGGAAUUCCAGUGCAGGAAUGUCAGAGUCCCGGAGUCAGACUCCAUCAAGAUUCAGUUUCCAGUCUGGAAAUGCAUCCAGUGCUAACGUAGGAUCUUCAUCAAUGAAGUCGACGCAGUUACAGUCAAGAGCUCAAUCCACAAACACUGUGGCGUCUGCCACAAAGACUGUAAAUUCUACAAACGCUGGUACGUCGUAUACUCAAAAGUGGAAGAUCUGUACGAUUUGCAACGAGCUGUUUCCAGAGAAUGUUUACAGUGCGCAUUUUGAAAAGGAACACAAAGCUGAGAAGGUGCCAGCAGUGGCUAACUACAUAAUGAAGAUCCAUAAUUUCACAAGCAAGUGUCUUUACUGCAAUCGCUACUUGCCCAGCGACACGCUACUCAAUCACAUGCUUAUUCAUGGCCUGUCGUGCCCGCAUUGCCGUGCCUCUUUCAACGACGUGGAGAAGAUGGUUGCACACAUGCGAAUGGUUCAUCCCGACGAAGUCAUGGGACCCCGAACAGAUUCACCUCUGACCUUUGAUCUGACGCUGCAACAGGGUAAUCCCAAAAAUAUCCAGCUAAUUGUGACCACUUACAACAUGCGCGACGCCCCAGAGGAAUCAGUUGCUUUCCAUGCACAGAGUAGUAAUGUAUCCAUUCCACCAAAAGCUACACCGAAAGUGACAGAGAGCACUGAAGCUCAGACAGUGAAAAGUGCACCUCAGACAGCAGUACCGUACAAAAAAGAUGUGGGUAAAACCCUUUGUCCUUUGUGCUUCUCCAUUUUGAAAGGGCCAAUAUCUGAUGCUCUAGCUCAUCACUUGAGGGAGAGACACCAGGUCAUUCAGACAGUUCACCCGGUGGAAAAAAAGCUUACUUACAAAUGCAUCCACUGCCUGGGUGUGUAUACAAGCAACAUGACCGCAUCCACUAUAACUUUGCACCUUGUUCACUGCAGAGGUGUAGGGAAGACACAGAACGGUCAAGAGAAAAGCAGUGCACCACCAAGAGCAAACCAGUCACAGGGAACAGGUUCUCUGAAAAGAGAACUGGAGUAUUUAGACCCAGGGCUGUCAAAAAGAAGAAGAAUGGAUGGUGAUCGUUUUCCCUCUACUUUUAUAGAGAAACCCGAAGAGCCGGUAGUCCUAGCAUUGGAUCCCCAGGGCCACGAAGAUGAUUCGUAUGAGGCUAGAAAGACAUUUCUUACGUCGUACUUCAACAAGAAACCUUACCCCUCCAGGAGGGAAAUUGAAAAGCUGGCAGCUAGUUUGUGGUUAUGGAAGUCUGAUAUUUCAACGCAUUUCAGCGCAAAGAGAAAGAAGUGCAUCCGAGAUUGUGAGAGGUACAAACCCUCCGCGCUCCUAGGGUUCAAUAUGAGGGAAGUUAAUAAACUUAAACAUGACCUGGAUUUCAAGCCGGAAUGGUUUUUUGAAUGCAAGGAUGACGAUGAAAGCAGGACGUCUAAAACCAAUACCGCAAGGUCUGCUGAUUCAAUCAACCGACGUCUGGAAGAGAGCACUGCUUUGAAGCAGACCUCUAAACCCUCAAUAGACUCUGUAAGACCGAUUUCCACGCAAACCAGCUUGGGAGAAGGUAUCCUGAAGAUUAAGGAGGAAACUAUCUCAACCAGUAUUUCCAAGGAAGAGGAAGGCAACUCAAAGAAAAAAGAUGCUAGCUGUGAAUCUAUGGACGAGGGAUCAGGUAGCGGAUCGGAGGAGGAACGAUCUCGGGUGAAAGAACAAUCAGAAAUGAAAGAUGGUUGCAAAUUGGAGAAGACAGAAAUGCAAGACAUUUUAGAAGUGGAACAGACCAAGCUGAAAGGAGAGUGCGACAUGGAGGAGGGUGGAGAAACAGGAAUGAAAGAUGAGCCAGUCGAGGAGCAAGAACAAUCAGAAAUGAAAUAUGGAGGUGGACUGGAGGAGGAGGAGGAGGAGGAGGAAGACGGUUGUGAAAUGGACGGAGAGGAAUUGGACAUUAAAGAUGUUUGUGCAAUAGAAGAAUCAGAGAUGAAGGACAGCUAUGUAUCCGAGGAGGAUCUGCCAGUCAUGGAAGAUGCUUGUGGAUUGGAGGAGGAUGGAGUCUCCAAUUCAGACAGUGGACCUGGAUCUCCGAACACUUCGGACUUGGAGGACGGUGCCAUGGAGGAAAGAAAGGUUGAGCCGUGGAACGAAGAUACAUCCCAAAGCGAGGACAGUAAACUAUCAGCAGAAGAAAGAACUGCUUCCCUAAAGAAUGACUUCAGAGAGGGGGAAAGCAAGAACAAUUCUGAGAAGGAGGAGAAAUACUGGUCCAAAGAGCCUGCAUCGGUACCGGAAUGGAAAAUCACCUCACCGAAAAACGAAGAAAGCUUAUCCAAUCUUGCUCUUGAGUGGCAGAACAGCACAGCAGACAGCGAAGGAGAUGAGAGACUAGACAGAAUGCUGGAACAAUCUAACGACAGCAUGUCAGAGAACUCAUCAGAACCAGUACACAGCUUAUUGUCUGGUGUUGGACUGAGCAGUCAGCAAGCGUAAUGUAAAUAACUGUAUAAAAUACAGCAGCAUCUAAGUAGUUGUGAAGUAAACAGGUCCACCCUACCUUGCUAAGUGGGGUACCACUUUUCACCACAAGCUAAUUACAAAGGCCAAUUUAGCGGCAUCAUAUUCUAAUGAAUUUUGUAUCCACAUUGGCAGUAUAUAUUUAAAAAAAAUAAAAAAUAAAAAAAAAUGGUUGAGAUGAAGUAACAUGAAGAGAAAGACAAAGCUGGUGGUCUACAGCGACCAUAUAAAAAAAAAAGAAAUAUUUAGAAAGUUUAAAUAAUUUCGCCUUUGUUUUACUUUACCUUGUAAAUCUUGUGUAUUCCGCUAUUUACUUUAUCGAAAUGUUAUCAUUUGCAUUCAAUAGUUAGGGCAAUGGUUUAAGUGGCUGAUUAAAGGAGUAAAUAUUGGAUUUUGCACAAAAAAACAGUAUAAAAAAAUAUCCUUCAACUUUUUGUUUUUCAUAUAUUCAUUCAAAAAAUAGUAACAAUGUAUAUUUGUACAGUCUUUUAGAACUAUACAGUGGAAGCGGAUCAUAUUGCUACUGUGUACUCGUUAUAUAUUUGCUAUUUUUUUCUUGUGCACAUGCUGUGUAAUAAUUCUGCAUUUAGUUCACUUACCAUAUGGCUAUAAAGUGCUGUAGUGAGUAUCGAGGUUUUGAAAAUCAUAGUAUUUUGCAGGCACUUAAUUUAAGGAACAUGUAUGCUCCCUGGCCAUUUCAAAAUACAGGACCUGGUUUCCUGUUCUGAGUCAGCCAUUACUAUUGACUGUAAAGUUAUAAGGACUAUGUUUUCUCAGAUCGAUCUAGCUCAAAUCACAGUUUUACUAAGCUUAGUAUUCCAUAGAGCUGUACUUUGUAGUAUACCGUGUUGAAUGGAGCAGCCCCAUGGUGUUUCUUUUUUUAAUAGUUUUACUUUCGAAGAUAACACCGUUUGGUGUUAACAUUAUAUCCUCUAAUAUAUGACUCACUGUAUGUAUGUUUAAUUUGUGGUCUUUAUUUCCCUUUUGUAUUUUUCAUUUCUGAACAAUAAAAGUGCUGUAUCGUG